AUGGAUAGAGGUUUGGUAGUGAAACACUUGAAAUCUCAAGACCCCUCUGGGAUUUCAAGACAACUGGAGUCAGAUGAAGGUCUGGAGCCCUUGACCCACAAGACAUACAAAGGAAAGGGUGCUAUUUCUAGACAAAAGCGGAAUAUUAUUUUCCCCAGUGGAGUGAAGCUUUGUUCUCAAGAGACUGUAGACCAGGCGAUAGAAAACCAUCUGAAGUACUUUCACCAGCGAGUGUGUCAGGAGACGGUGUGGGAGGCGUUCAAGAUCUUCUGGGACCGUCUACCUGAGAGAGAUGAGUACCAGGCCUGGGUUAACUUAUGUCAGGAUGGAACUGUCAGCGUGAUGGAGAUUGGCAGCAACUUCAGCCGAUCAGAGGAGCACGUCUCUCUUGUUAGGGCUAGAGUGGUGAUGACUGCUGCUCCGAAUAGGUGA